CCUAACGUAAACGCGGUAUGGUGCCGGUUGAAAAUUUCAUCUUUGAACGAUCAUGUAAAAAUUGACUUAUUCAUAACUCUUUUUCCACCAGUAUAAAAACGACGAUAUUCAAAGAUUCCCGAACUUUUGUCAAAAGUCGAACGAAGGUUCUGUGCGCACACGUAUCGUUCAAAUUCCCAUGUCCAGCACCGGUGCUGAUCUUUUCCCACGGCACGUAUAAAAUUGACAGCGUAACAAUAGUACAGGCGACAGUCAAAAAACGAUGUCAUAUAAACAGCGAAAAGGUACGGUUAGUUGAUGUUAAUUAAAUGCGUGUGGCGUAGUAUCAUGCUAGGAAGGUGACACGAGCCAAUCCGAUGGUACCCAGCACCGGAAAUGACGCGGCAAUCGCGGAGAAUUAUUUAUCACCGUCCACCGGGGUAGCUAACUUCAACCGGCAGGCUCUAAAUUAGUUCGUUAUGUCAGUCCGCUUAAUCGCGACGGAAUGCGAAACGUACUUCUUUUACUUGUGACCCUCGUGACGUCUACUUUAGCCAAUUUUUGCAGUAGCAAUGGUCCCGGAAGAUCGAUGUUCGUUUGUCGCAAUGCGAGUCUCGCCAAUCUUGCUGAAGUACCGAGGUACACUUACCGGAUCAAAUUCUUCAAUUCGAAUAUACGGAAUAUCCCAGAAAAUACGUUCACGGAAUUUCAUCAGCUGAAAUCGCUGAGUUUCGUCAACUGCUCCGUCAACGACAUCGAAGGCUUUGCAUUCAGGAGUCUUUUGAAUCUAAAGGUCCUCAACUUGUCCAGAAACGCCUUAACGACGAUCGGAACGAACGUAUUCUCUGGAUUGAAACGUUUGGAAAAACUUGAUCUAACCAAUAAUAUGAUCCAGUCUAUCGAGGAAGGAAGUUUUACCAACGUAUCAAAUAUCGGGCUAUUGGAUCUACGAUAUAAUGACCUAACGCGUAUAGACGUUGCAAUUCUCCGCCCGCUCACGGCGGCUUCGACUCUCGAUUUACGGUUCAAUAAACUGCGAUGCGUUUCAUCAAGCGUUUUUAACGUAACAAAAGUGAAGUGGAUUUACAUUGGAGACAAUCCAUGGAACAAGACAUGCUGGUCAGAUUUAACUCAGAGCCUUUACAACUUUGGUAUUUACUACGGGAGAAAUCUGGCUUUUGACUCACUCACGGAAGACAGGCUGUCCUGGAAGGCCUCUGACCGAAAUGGACGCGAAUUCCUGUCGAAGGAGCUGGCUGAAGAACAAGCAAACAUUGUCAAAGAGGCUGAAGGGUGGAAGAAAUUCUACGAGUCAGUUGUUCAGGAACUUGCUGACGAACAGCAGAGACUCGAGGAUAUUGCCAUGGCUGCAAAAUAUUCUGAAGAAACGUUGUCGCAGGAAACAAAUGACGAAAAAGACUCUGAUUCCGGGUGGCUGCAGUAUGGACGUGAUUUCAUUGUGUGGAUUCUUGGUGUGUGCAAGAUAAUACCUUUUAUCUAGAAGUCCAGUGAAAUGAACCGUUCGUUUUUCACUGCCACUUUUUUUUGUUGUUUCUUAAUCUUAAUCGUGCUUAUUUUAAU